AUGAAGCUCACGACGAGGACCGCCAUCUUGUGGUAUACCACCAUCGCGACAGCAACGAUUUCCGCUCUCCCGCAUCACACGCCGCGCGACGACUUCGACUGGGCCAUGUAUCACUGCUCUCCCGAUGACCCUCUCGCGACCCUGCCCACGCCGACUUACGGCGCCGAGAACCGCAGCUGGAUGAUGUGCGCCGAGCUCACGAUCUACGCGCCGCCCUCGUUCGUGUACUACGCCCUGAUCGACUACAACAGCUACCACCUCUGGAACACCUUUGUCACGUCCGUGUUCAACUUGCCCCCCAACGUGACCACCACGCCAAACGAUGUGUACGUGGGCAUGCCCAUGAACUUCGUGGUCGCGGGGAUGAACGGCGACGACGACCCGACCGUCGGCGAGAGCCAGGAGAUCGUCACGGUGCUGCGCGCGCCGCCCUCGCCGCCUACGGGCGGGGACGACAACGACGACGACGACGCCCCCCACUACCGGUACCUGAUGAACGCGUGGCGGUCGGAUUCCUACGUCGAGGGCGAGUUUGUGGUCGCGGAGCAUCCGAACAUCUUGACGCCGGUGGAGGGCGACGAGGACGGGGAGGAGUGGACGCGCUAUGUCUCGUACGAGACCUAUUAUGAGGGGGCGAUCUCGGAUUACAUCAGGUCGUACCAGCCGCGGUUGCAGGUGCUGUUCGAUCGGCAGGGCGGGGAGCUCAAGGCGUAUGUAGAGGGACUGUGGCAGGCGAGGCGGCGUGGGAUGACUGAGGAGUGA